AUGCUGUUCGGAUUUCUCAAUCUUCUCGCACAAUGUGCAGAUAAGGAGCCUUUGCGAGUGUCAGCUACGCAGCAGGACGUGAAGGAUGAGGAUUACCGUCCUCAAGCUCUACAAAUCGAAUCUCCUCCCUUGCAAGUAUCGGCUCUUUCUCUCUCGCAUUAUGAUAUUAUGUUUCAAUAUAAUCAAUCGCCGCCCCUUUCGGUUCAUUUUGGCUCUCUGGUGCUUACGAUGUACCCGUAUAGUAUUGACUAUGAAUUCGACAUCUGGGAUCUUUUAAGAGAAGAAUUGGUCACGGUGAUGUGCAGUGGUGAUGCGGAAGCCAAGAUGAAUUUUAUCGCGCAGAUCCCACAGCUGCAGACUGGCAUCUUGAGUGGAUUGGCACGUGCAUUUGGUGAGAAUGGUCCACAGCGCGCAUCGGUACAUCACACUCUCGAUGAAGUCAAUGCCAGUGUCACUGCAGGCACCCUUGAGACUGACGAUGAUGAGUACUCUCUGGUUGAACAAAAGCCGGACAUGCUUAUUACUAUGGAGACCAUCUAUCCUCAAUUUCACUUCUCAACAGUAUAUAUAGAAUUCAGACUCGACCCACCUCUUUCUGGCGAGAACGGCGACCGUACGCUCCGCAUUGGCGAAGAUGAAGAUUCAGUAAUGAGCGAUGCCAGCGGGGAAGGGCAUGAACCCAGUAAGGAUGCUGGAGAAGAUAAAGCAGAGAACAGUGAUAUAAAUGUAGACGAAGCGGUCGACAGAGUAUCGCUUGUUGCAGUCAAUUGA